AUGCGGAAUACGGCGACGACUAGCCUGAAAAGGCCUGCGCUUCGGAUGUCCAUGUCCAAGUACAACCUCUACAACCUCUCUCGAGCACGAAGUCCGGUCAAUCCGCACAGGAUACAAAGCUUCUUCAAACAGAAAUGGGUGGCCAAAUCGGCUCUAAGAAAUUACCAUGGCGAGCACAUUCGAGAACGGCAGUGGCAGCGCAUGUUUUCCCGAAAGCUACGAUCAGUCGUGCCCAUGUCUCCUGACUAUCUUGCUUGGAACGAUGGAACGGUGGAGUCUGCCGGCAGAGGCUCCGGCCUCAAAGGCGUGCAUUCAAGACCUGUUCCCCGGACGCCAUACAUGCUGCAGACGUUUGCUCCGAUGGAGCGGCGGCUGGAUAUUGCGAUCUUCAGAGCUCUAUUUGCCAGCAGCGCCCGACAAGCGAGACAGUUUGUGGUGCACGGUGCGGUAACAGUGAACGGCAAGCCGAUGAGAUACCCUGGAUACCUCCUCAACCCUGGCGACAUGUUUCAGGUAAGACCCGAAAGCGUCAUGUACGCGAUGGGCGCGCCGAAACUAGACGAAGCAAGCUUUACCAAAGUAGUCGAAGAAGAAGCGAGUGAGGAACAGUCCACGGCAGAAAGCUCAGAAGCCACCGAGGAGGAAGACAACCGAACUCCAAAAGAAAUCCUCAAGGAUCUUCUCACGCAGUCCAAGGCGAUUCUCUCAUCUGCGAAGGAGGGAUUAAGCGCGAAACGCAAACAAGAUCUACGAGCACUUUCCAAGAACGUAAGAAAACUGAUGUCCAGAGCCGGACGCUCGGAAGUGGAAACAGGAGACGUACAAGCACAAUUCGAGGAGAUUCAAACACAGAUACGGCUGGCGCGUGAUAGCAAAGAGUCUGGUGUUGCAAGCUUGCCAUCGGAACAAUCAACAAGCCAACGGACAGAAGCAUCCAACGAGCCUGAGACAGCUGGGAAGGAAAAUUCAUCCACACCAAUCACUAUCACAGACGUUAAGGAGGCAAGCGAAUUUGGAGGGCAGGACGAGUCUACGCUCCGUCGGGCUUUGCAGGCGUUGUCCAUCAACCCGGUCGAUGAGUCGAAGCCUUAUGGGACUCCAUGGACACCGCGGGAGUACCUGUCAGCGUUUGCCUUUAUUCCACGAUAUCUGGAGGUCAACCAGAACAUCUGCGCCGCAGUCUACUUGCGCCAUCCAGUUGCAAGGCCUGGCAUGUCGGAGGUUCCGAGUCCGUUCAAUGAAGAGGCCAACGCCAAUGCGUUUACUUGGUAUCUUCGAAGGAGAUGA